CAAAUUUACACUUAUCGAUAUAAUAAAUAAUUUUCUACAAGUUAUCACAAAUUCAGUCAGUAAUUAAUCACUGGAGGUUAUUGUUAGUUUACUUCAGAUCAAAUUUUUCAUGUUUUCGACAUAAUUCAGGAAAAAUUUAGAUUAUAUGUCAGAAAUGGCAUUAAUAAACUUUCAACAACCACACAGAAGUUUUGUUCAAGAAGACAACGGCUCAAAAUCAAAAGACCAGUAUGUAGAAGAAGCUACUACAACUGAAGAUUAUAGAAAGGUCGCAAACAGACUGAAAACUUACUCCAAUUGGCCCAAUGAAGAACUAUCAAAAGAAUGUUUAGCUAAAGCCGGUUUUAUAUAUACAGGAUACGAUGACAUUGUCGUAUGUCCUUUUUGUAAGAUAGAAAGUUACCGUUGGACAACUGGAGAUGAUCCAAUGACCGACCAUCGUAACUGGAAUCCUCAUUGUUUAUUUUUCAGGAAUAAUAUCGAACGUGAUCAAGCUACAAAUAUAACCAAAUCCGUAGAUACUUGCGGUUUAUACGGAGUUGAAGUUUUACCCAAAACUGGUGAAGAAGAUGACAAAACUAUCAACUUACAAAGGUUAGGCAUACAAACGGGAAAACCUCCAAAAUAUCCAGAUUACAUCACUUACGAAAGUAGGUUAGCAACAUUCGAAGACUGGCCGAAAUCAUUAAAACAGCGACCGGCAGAUUUGGCAGAAGCAGGUUUUUACUACUCCGGUCUAGGAGAUCAGACGGUAUGUUACCAUUGCGGUGGUGGUUUGAAAGAUUGGGAAGAAGACGACGAUCCUUGGGAACAGCACGCUCUUUGGUUCAGCACAUGUGUUUUGGUUAAUCUGAAGAAAGGAAAAGAUUACAUCGAACACGUGAAGAGAAAAUAUGAAGAUAUGUUAUCCAUUCCUGAACCUAACGAUAUUGAAACACGGGAAGAUUCGAGUGAUACGGAAUCUUUAAGUGAUAAAUUAGAAGAAAAUACGUUGGACGCAGAACGAGAAAACGAAAAAACUAUUUGCAAAAUUUGCUAUAAAAAUGAAUUAGGAGUGGUUUUUUUGCCUUGUGGACAUAUCGUGGCUUGUGCAGAUUGUGCUGCUAUUUUAAAAAAAUGCGCUGUUUGCAGAAAAACAGUAGAAGCAACAGUCAGGGCAUUAAAUGAAAAACUGAAAAAGUUAGUGGAACCAGAAAUAGGGGAGUAUCGAAAAGGUUUUAGACAAGGAGAAUCAACAGCAGAUGCCGUUAAUACCAAAAAACAAGUGAUCGAAAUAUGCUGUCUGAAAAGGACAAUUAUAAUGUACAUGAAAAAAACUAAAAGUACACCAAAAGUGAAUACAAUUGAAAAAAUGCGAUUAGUGAACAGAUCAAAAGGUCUUGAUGCAAUGGCGCUGUUAGACAUCCAGCAACAUUUUCAAUACAGAAGUUUCGGAGAUCAAACAGAUAACGGCUCAAAAUCAUCAGAUACGUUACUUCAAACAAGUGCACCAAGAACUGAGUAUUUAUCAUUAGAAAGCAGACUAGAAACUUUCACCAAUUGGCCAAACGUUGAAGUGUCAAAAGAAUUACUUGCAAAAGCUGGUUUUAUCUAUACUGGUCAAGAUGACAUCGUUAUCUGUCCUUUAUGUAAGAUAGAAGGAUACCGUUGGGUAUCUGGAGAUGAUCCAAUGGCUGAUCAUCGUCACUGGAAUCCUCAAUGUCCAUUUAUGAGAGGUAAUAUAGAACACGAUCACGCCGAGAGUAAUACAAGAACCGUCGAUACUUGCGGUUUAUUUGGCGUUGAAGUUUUACCCAAUUCUCUCCCAGAAGACGACAAAACAAUUAAUUUUCAAAGGUUGGGCAUCCAAGCGGGAAAAGGCCCACAAAAUCAAGACAAAAUUACUUACGAUAGUAGGUUAGCAACAUUCCAAGAGUGGCCCAGAUCCAUAAAACAGCGACCCGCCAAUUUGGCAGAAGCCGGAUUUUACUACACAGGCGCCGGAGAUCAAACUUUGUGUUUCUAUUGCGGCGGAGGCUUGAAAGACUGGGAAGAAAACGACGAUCCUUGGGAGCAACACGCUCUUUGGUUCAGCAAGUGCGUUUACGUCAAUCUAAAGAAAGGCAAAGAUUACAUUGAUGAAGUGAAGAGAAAGUACGAACCAAAAUUAUCCAUCCCGGGACCCAGUGGCCUUCAAACCAAAGAGGAACCCACUAAUACCGAAUCCCCGGAAAGUAAAUGUGACGAAAAUAAAGUGAAGAAAUCAGAACGAGAAAACGAGGCAAUCGAAAAAACACUUUGCAAAAUUUGUUACAAAAAUGAAUUAGGUGUCGUAUUUUUGCCUUGUGGACAUAUUGUUGCUUGUGUAGAUUGUGCUGCUGCUUUGAAAAACUGUGCGGUCUGCAGGAAACCUCUAGAAGCGACAGUGAGAGCGUUCCUAUCAUAA